AUGAGUAAAAUAUUAGAACAAAAUUUAAGACAAAUUUCUAAAUAUCCUAAAGCUAUCAAUUUUUUAUUAAUUGAAGCUUUAGAAAAAAAGAAAAGUGAUUUUGAAGUAGAUCCUAAUUAUAUAGGAUAAAGAUUAAUAAUGUCAGAUAAUUAUGAUUAAUAUAUGAAGAUAAACUACCAUCAACUUCUUUAAUUUAAAAUUUUCGAUAAAAAAGAAGAUAAAAAAAAAUGCAUAGAAAUUUUUGUUGAUGAUGGGAAAGAAACUAAUUUCAUUGAUAAAUUAAUUAAACAUACUAAAUUUAGUUAGAGCAUGCUGGAUCCUAAUGUAUUGAGAGUAUAUGAUUCAUAUUACUUAGAUAAUAAUUAAUUUUUUUACUUGAUUGAAUACGAGUAUUUUGAUUUUACAAGCGAUGAAGAUGAAUGGAAUGAGUUUAAAAGUUCAUUUUUAAAGUUCAAUAUGGAAAACAUAGUUUAAAAAAUAUAUGGUAAAUCAAUUUAUGAAGAAUUUACACCAUAGACAUAGAUAUAACAUGCGCUUUAAAAAAAUAUAGAUGAGCAAUUUAGUAUUAAAUUAUUUGCUAUAGACCCUUUCAAGUAUGGGAUUUAUGAGAAACAAUACUUAGAUUUCAAAUAACAUCCAAAAUAGUCAACUUAAAAAAUAAGAUCUGAAGAAAUUUUGUUUCACAAGAAUACCUUUUCUGAAUUUUUAUUGAAAAGUGAAAACAAAUAUGCACACCUUUACUCUGAAAUAAUAAAAUACUUGAUAGUAAAUUAAAAUGGCUUCAGUUAGUUUACCCCUCUUUUUAUUGAUUCCAAUAUUUUAACUUUUCAAGCAUAAUAAGAAAAUCAAAAUUACAUAGAUUUUGUUAUUGAAAGAUUUUAAUCGAUGGAGGAAGCCAUUAAAAAGAAAGAAACAAUUGACUAAGUUAUGAUAAAACUAAAUGAGAACUAAAUUUACUCUAAUAUAUAAAAAUAUGAAAUAAUUUAGAUUAACUAAGAUAUUUUUAUUGUAGCAAUCUUCGAUUUUAAUGUUCUUUGGGAAAAUCUUCCACGUAUUAGGGAAUCUGAUUUAGAAAAAUAAAUAAAAUUAUAUUCUCAAUUGAUAAAUACAGUACAAAUUAAAAGUUAGCUUAGCUUAAUCGGAGAUAUAUAAAUUUCUACUAAAUAAUUAGGAGAGUAAUAAAUAUACUUAAGUGGAUAUCUUUUCUUUCAAAACUCUUUUCAGUUAAGUCCUGAUUAUAAUUAUAAAAUUUAGUAUAAGUGUAUAAUUUAAGGAAUAUAAUAAAUCUUAAAAAAAAUAACCAUUUAGAUUGAUGUUCCAAAACAGAAAAUAGAUUAGGUUGUAAUAGAUUUAGUUGAAAAAUAUUUUUAAAGUCUAAACAAAAGUGACAAUCAGAUAUACUUUUAAUAAAUUAUCUCAUCCUUCAAAGCUUAUGAAAAAAUGAUAGAUUUCAAGAGAAAAUUUUAAUUGCCUGAAAGUAUUUUAAUUAAACCUUCAAUUUAAAAUGCUUCACACAUUGGAAUCUGUGUCAAUAAUCCUUAAUUAGAUCAAAUUCCAAAUUUAAUAUAGACUUUAAAAUCUAAUUAAGAAUUAUAUGAAAUAGAUUAAUAAAGUGGAUUAUUCUAAAAUAUAAACAUAUAAAAUUCUAAAUAUUCAAAUAUGUUUUCUAACUCUAAUAUCACAGAUAACCUUACAUCAAAUUCAGGUGGUUUAUUCAAAAAUUUAAAGACAACUCCAGUUCACCUUUUUUCUAAUAUCGAUAUCCCUAAAUAAACCAAUUUAGAUAAAAUAUUAUUUUGUAUAGAAUAAUACUUAAGAACAUUUAAUAUUAAUGAAGAGUCUUUGUCACUUUUAAAAGAGUAAAUAGUUUAAAUUAUAGAUGCUUUAAGCAAUUAGACUUCACAUAUUAAUCUUAUUGUCCUUGUGAAAUAGCUAAUUAAGUAUUUCUUAAAAUGA